ACCUGCCAUACAAAUAAAAUAACCCUCCGUGCUAUUAUCAGUGAUAAUAAUACUCCCGUUUCCAUUACUUGAAUCAUCAGCAAAAGAGAAAUACAUUUGGAAAAAAAACCGGGGAAGAGCUUUUUUUUUCACCGGGAGAAAGUGCACAGCGGAGACAAAUGGCGAGCGACGUAACUGGAACUUUCGAGAGUGCUGAGCCGAUGAUAGGGUCUUCAUCGCCGGUUGGUGAGUCUCACGCACCGACGACCAAUUUCACCUGCAUCGACCUAGAGGGAAGAGACAACUUCCAUCCAUCUCACCACUGUACCAGGACACCAAGUCUGAGGCGACAGAGUAUCGCCUUAAACGCUAUUAUAAACCACAGACGAGCUCUAAUAGGGGCAUUGAUCGCGGGUGUUGGUAGCAACCUGUCCCUCCCAUCCUGCGUGAAUCAGGAUCAGGAAGUGUCACGAGGUAGCAAUUCCUCCAUUGUCGCGGUUGGCCAACACGUCCAGGGGCGAAACUCCAAUGGAGACAGCCCAGGACACAGAGGUUGCAAACAUCAUUCAAAUUUUCUCCAACUAACGCCCGUCAAUACAUCAUCAUGUCCUCUGACAUCUUUGGAUCCACCAAAAGCAACCCCGGGAAAUAAUCAUCACCCCCCACCAUCGAGUCGCUCUCACCAAAAAAAUCGUGCAGAAUUGAUAUCAACAGUUAGCACACUUUAUGCUAAACUAUUGGUCGUAAUUGGCGUGACAGUUCCCGUGACAGCUAGCAUCGGUCAACCAGUGCCAGUUGCCCUGGAUCAGGGAUUUUAUCUCUACCUGUACUUAGUCAGCGGUGGAUUUGUCAUCACUAUGUAUACGAUUUUACUUCGUGAUAAAGCUGUGAAUAAACUACUGGUGGAAAAUGAUAAACGAGAUGGGGUUUUUUUGCAUGAUGAAUAUGGAACCAAGCGUCGAUCUUCUCAGCACCGACAGCAAUACGGAAGCUUCUGCUUGCGUUUGGGUGCCAUCGGCUUUGGUGCUGGCUCGUUAGUAUUUACUGGAUUGCAAAUCGGAGCGGAAAUAGCGUCUGCUGUGCCAUUUAGGGCGAUUACACCGAGCGCAAGACUCCUCCUUGUUACCGCUCAAAUGCACUUCAUAUUCCUAAACAGCAAGGACCUAGAGUUGACUAAACACGGGCCUCUAGCUAAAUUGGGACUGAUGCACAUGAUCGCGACGAAUAUCUGCGAGUGGCUACAGGCCCUGGUGGAAGAGACUCGUCAUGAGAUAUCCCAUCUGGAGUCAAAACCAAACACAAACGAUGGACUCCUGAGGAAUCUCCUCCGCGAUGCCUCGCCCUUCCUCUUCCCCUGCACAAUAGAAUUCAGUCUGAUCUGCGCUGUAAUUCUCUUCGAGAUGUGGAAGCGAGUCGACAGAUUGUCAGUGACAAAAUCAAACAGCCCAACCAGGUCAGUCCACCAUCUGAGUAUCGACUGCAGCAACGCUCACAGAGGCCUCUUCGGUGGUAUUCUCAUCAUAGCAGCGACUGUCCUCAGUCUAAUAAUGUUCUUCGUUCUGAAGGAUGCGAAACCCAAGAUGGCUAUUCAACAAGUAACAGCACUGGAGACGACCAUUUUAAUAGCCGGAGCAAUAGCUGCUGUGAGUGGUGCCCUGAAAUUACGCAGAUUGGAAUGGAAGAAAACAAAACUACCGCAUCUUGAUUCAACUCUACUAGCAGCAGCUCAAGCUGGGGUUUAUCUCCACUGCAUGUUCGGUGCUGUUGGUGGUGUAUUAACAAUGGGCCCAACCUGGGGACUUUCACUUGCCGCUGAUUUUAUCGCACUUGUGCAGAGCACAAGUCAAACUCUACUGAUCAAGAUUGCCUGGCGCAGACAGUCCUCAUCGAAUGCUAAACCCGGCAAGGAGCUUAUUACUUUUCUGAUUGUCAUGAACAUCGCUCUGUGGAUCGUAAACUCAUUCGAGAAGUCUCGGGCGGCAGUCAGGCCUGAGCACCUGGAGUUCUUCGGGGUUUGGGCAUGGACAAUCAUCACCCACGUGUCAAUGCCUCUAGCGAUAUUUUUCAGAUUUCACUCAGCAAUUUGCCUCUUCGAGGUGUGGAAGAGCUGCUACAAGUACAGGCCACCCAAUUUUUUUCAUCAAUUUCGCAGUCCAAACGAAAAAACGUAAUUCAUGUAUCCAGCUAUGUGAAGUUGGCAUCGAAGUUUGAAAAAUCUAACU